UCAAGAAAUGGAUUCAGACUCUCCUCUUCCUCUUUCCGAUUCUAUUCAACUCCCACUUAUCAAUUUCUUUGAUCAAAGUCUGACACCAGGAACCUCAAAGUGGGACAAAGUGAAGGCUGAUGUCCGUAAAGCUUUAGAAGACUUUGGCUGUUUCGAAGUUUUCUUUGACAAAGUGUCAGCAGAGCUUAAUAAAUCUGUUUUGGAAGCCAUGAAAGAGCUUUUCGAUUUGCCGAUUCAGACCAAAAAGAGAAAUGUGUCUUCGAAACCCUUUCAUGGAUAUCUAUGCCUAAACCUUUACGAGAGUUUGGCGAUCGACGAUCCUAAUGUUGCGGAGAAAGUCAACGACUUUACUCAACAGCUAUGGCCUGACCAUGGAAAUAAGAGAAUUAGGGAGGUGCUGCAUGAGUUUUCGGAGAAAUUAAAAGAAAUGGACGUGAUGGUGAGAAGAAUGAUAUUGGAGAGUUUUGGGAUUGAGAAAUACAUUGAACAACAUCUUGAUUCUACAAAUUACCUUUUUCGAAUGAUUAAGUAUGCAGCACCUUCUCCUGAUGAAGAAGUAGAAGAGACAAAAUUAGGUUUACGUUCUCAUACCGAUAAGAACUUUAUCACAAUACUUCAUCAGUAUCAAGUUGAUGGUUUGGAAAUUAAAACCAAAGACGAAAAAUGGAUCAAAGUUAAACCAACUGAACAUUCUUUCAUCAUCUUGGUUGGAGAUUCUAUGUGUCCAAUUUUGAAUGGUCGAUUGUCCUCUCCAUAUCACCGAGUCCUGAUACCGGCAAAGAAGACAAGGUAUACGACUGUAUUGUUCUCGGUUCCAAAGGCAGAAGCAAUCAUUGACUCACCAGAAGAACUUAUCGAUGAAGAACAUCCACGUGUGUUCAGACCCUUUAAAUUCAGUGAUUUCCGUGACUUCUUUAACACGGAAGCUGGUGGUACAGCUGAGUCUGCUCUCCAUUCGUUCUGUGCUCUCUGAAGCAUUAC